CAUGCAGUCAUCUGUCUCAAAGAAAGCAGAAACCUCACCCACGCCACAUCUCAACAGCAACACCUCACUUCUCUGGGCACUCUCUCUGAGCUCAUUCAUCCCCUCUGUGCCCUGCCGACCGUUGGAUUCGCCGCCCUCCCGGCCUUGGCGCCUCCGCCGUUGCCCUUCUUGCUGUCUGCCGCCUUGCCCUUGGUGCGCUUGGCCCUCUGCUGCUCCUCCCUCUGUAUCUCGGCCUCCAGCCGCUCCUUCAUCCGCUGCUGGCCCGCCUCGCGCACACGCUCGACAGACUUGAAGAACCGGGCCACCACCCCCUGCACACAGACAGACAGUCAAGAUGAAAACACAUGAUGGAUGCUGAUUUGAUUGCGAGCGGGGCGUGUGGUGGUUUCGAUUAACGCAUUACCGUUUUCCUGCCGGAUGCCUGCAAUUCUUCCGGCUUGGCUGGCGGGGCGAGGUUUGCCCGGCUGGGUUUGCCCUCUGCGAAUGCCUUGAAGUUUGAGUAGGUGGUGGCGCCGCAAAUGUACUUGUUGGUCCGCCUGUUGUAGUAGUAGGGCAGCCCGCCGCACCGGGCCUUCUUGUCGAGCUUCUGCAGUAGGUCCCAGUUGACGGGGUGCAGAUACACCUCCAGCCGCUCUAUCUUGGUGUGCAGCUCACGCUCCACGCGACGCAACACCGGCUCCAUGUCCUGAUAGGGAAUCAAUCAAUGAUGCAAAUCACAUGAAAGCGACACGCAUGGCAUGCCGCCGCUGCGCUGCGUGAUAGUAUGUGUGUUCACCCCAUCCGCCCACCUCGCACUGGUCACAGUCGAUGCUGUGGAACUCCAGCAGGUACGGCUCGUUGCGCCGUGGCCGGACGGCGGCGCUCUUGACCCCCAUCAUUGAGAGCAGGAAGGACCGUCUCUUGCUGGAAGAAUGACGGUCUUCUGCACCCGCACCCAUCCUCAACAUCAACAAGGCCAUCGUCACGGCAACAAGCAGGGCGAAGCGAGUCAGAGAAGAAGGUGAUCUCGUCCGUGGACAGUGCCAUGGGAGCGUUGACGCCCUCCUUGACGAGGUUGCAUCGUCAGAUCUCGGUGCAGCAUCCCUCCUUGGCCUUGUUGGCUGAUGCUCAUGAGUUUUUCUCGGCGCCGAGGGAUUCAUUUCGCAGAUUGCCGUGGACAGAAGGGUACACGGGCCAGGCACUCUGUCUUGUGGCUGAC